AUGUUCUUCAGCUGCCGCCCCCGCCAGCCUCCCCGGCUGCCCCGGCCGCAGUGCAUGUACGCCGGCUGUUCCCACCGCGCCUUGCGGUGCGACUCAAAGACCGAGGGCAAAGCCAUUCUCUCGCUCUAUUGCAAAGAUCACGCCUGUCGGCAACGGCUGGGCGAGCUAAUGUGCCCCAACUACAAGGUGUCUGGCCUGUCCAAGUACUGCGAAGACCACCGCCGCUGCGAGAACCACGGCUGCCCGCACCAACGCAUCUGCGGCGACACCAGCCAGGACUGGCCCUACUGUCAGAAACUCUUCCCCCGCCUCUCAGAUACCUGCCUCACCCAGGGAUGCCGCCAGAAGCGCGCCGCCGGCUCCCAGAUGUGCACCCACCACACCCCCUUGUGUCUCAUCCCCGGCUGCGGCCAUCCCCGCACCGACGACGGCCUUUACUGCGCCGGCCACAGCUGCGCCGACCGCCACUGCGGCGGCGUUAUAAACGGCGGGCACUGGUGUAAGGACCACCGGCUCUGUCGGACGGAAGGCUGCGGCCAGCCCAGGGCCGUCACGGCGGGCGGAGGGUUCGAGAAUGUCUGCUGGCAGCAUCUCCCGGCCGCCUGUCUCGCCCCGGGCUGCCCCGGCAUCGUCAAAGGUGGCGUGCGGUUCUGCCCCCAGCACGAGUGCAUCUACCCCCCGUGCCGCGAGCAGAAAGACAACGACGCGGACCCAUCGCGACUCUACUGCAUGAGCCACACCUGCAGCAGCCAGGCCUGCCCGCAGCCCGCAGCCGACCUCGCCGGCCCGUCCGCCGCGCGCUACUGCGUCACCCACAAGUGCGCCGGCGCCGGCUGCGGCCACCCCGCCAAGCCCUCCGGCCACCACUGCGCCCUGCACGCCUGCCUGCGCGAGUCGUGCACCUCGCCGCGCGCAGCCGACCCCCUCGCCGUCCCCGGCAGCCAGUUCUGCGCCUCCCACGAGUGCCGCGCCGUCGGGUGCCGGUCCGCUGCGCGCCGGGACGGGAUCUACUGCGAGGGCGCUCACGCCUGCGCCGUCCCGGGGUGUCCCGCCCCGCGCGGCGGCAGCAGCAGCAGCAGCAGCGGCAGCGACGUCGACAAGACCGCCACCGCCGCGGCGUGGACGGCAUCGGUGUGCUGCGCCUCUCACACGGCCAUGAUUGCGCGAGACAGCGCUGCAGCGUGGGGGUUCCGCGCCGGGCCGGGCGAAGGACGAGGCGCGGCGGCCCCGCAACCGCCGCCGUCGCCGGCCACGCAGAGGUUCCCCUAUCACAGCCAGACAGAGGAGGCGCUGGGCCACCGGCUGAAGGAGGAAAGGGACAGGCUGGAGCGGGAGGCGCGGUUGGAAUCCGAGACGAGGGCGUGGCACGCUGCCGAGGGGAGAGAAGGCGGCGUCCGCGGGGUGGAAGCCGCUGCCGUCGUCGGGCUCGGGACGAGAGGGAGAGGGUUCCGGAGAGGGCGGUCGGGGAGCGGUGACAGCGGCUUCGGCGGCAGCCCGGACGUGUCGGACUCGAGCAGCUCGAAUACGUUUGUGAGUUGA